AUGUCGCCGCGAAGACCAGACAACAACCCCUCCCCCAGCCACCAGGCUGUCCCCGAAGGGGACAACCACAAUCAAUGGGGCUCGUUUGGAGAGCAAAGUAGCAAUCAAACGGCCGCGACCAGACUCGCCUAUUACCGCACGAACACAAGCAGCCUGCUUGAUUUCCUCAAGCACAGCGACCAGGACUCGCUCGACAGCUUCAUCUCCGUCGUCCGCUCGGGUGCCUCGCACGACGACAUCUUCGCCGUCAUCAACCAGCUGGCUUCGAGCACUGACAUGCAGCGGAAGGAACAGAAUGGUGGCGCAUCUAGCUAG